GGAUGUAGACGCUGCCAAGAAGUGGUCGAUGAAUUGGCACCUUCCUCUGAAUGACGAAAAACCCUCAGUUCGAAUGCUCAGGAACAGUUACCAAUGGGCCCUUCUACUCGCCACCUCCAUCUGCACUUCGAUUUUACUAUCAAACAUAAUCACUUUGUGUUUUUAUCUAUUCGCCCACUACGAUUUUAUCCUCUUGACGGGCUCUCCUAGACAAGCGGUCAGCUCCGAUAGUUCUGAAGCAGGACAUUCGUUUCUCAGCCUGAAUGACUGGGUGAUGCUGGUAAAUCAGAGCUACGGCCCUUCAGCGGCAAUGGGUGAUGAAGCCCAGUACCUAUCUGAUUCAUUACCAUGCACAAUGGAGACCUGUUUUGACUAUGCUCGCUGCGCAAGCGAUUUCAAGGUGUACGUGUACUCAGCUCCGCCGGGUCAACCCCCCGUCUCCUCAACCUACGGUAAGAUCCUAGCCGCUCUGAGGCGCUACCGCUUUUUGACUACCAACCCCUACGAAGCCUGUAUCUUCAUCCCCAGUCUGGACACAUUGGAUCGUGAUCCGCUGAGCCCGGGUUUCGGCGUACAGACCGAUCAACAGCUGAACCGACUUCCCUACUGGAAUGAGUUGCCUCGCCUGAAGACAGCGGAACAAAUAGAAGUCGAGGCCGAUGACCCUCAACGAAAAACAGUGACCCCUGGUCGCAAUCACCUCAUAUUCAAUUUGUACGCUGGCACUUGGCCAGGCUAUCAUGAAGAUGAAUACCGCUUGUCCCUGGGCCAGGCAAUCCUGGCCAAAGCCAGCUUUUCAACGACCAAAAUUCGUCAUACCUUCGACAUCUCCUUGCCGCUGAUUCACCCACAACAUCCGGAGAAGAUCAGUUUGGAGGCGAGUGGGCAUGAUGCCUCGUACCACACCGUACACCAGAGGACCAAAGUUCGUCGACCCAUUCUGCUCAGUUUCAAAGGCAAACGCUAUGUGAGCGGCAUUGGGUCUGCAUCGCGCAACACGCUAUUCCAUCUUCACAACGGAGAUGACGUGAUCAUGGUGACUACUUGUCGUCACGGAACGGACUGGAUAAGAUAUGCGGAUAAGCGGUGCCCCGUGGACAUGACCAUUUAUGAUCAGUAUGACUACAACGAAUUGAUGCAUAAUUCCACCUUCUGCCUCGUCCCUCGUGGACGUCGGCUGGGUUCGUAUCGAUUUCUGGAAGCUUUGGAAGCCUCCUGCAUUCCGGUAAUGCUCAGCAACGAUUGGGAACUCCCGUUUUCCGAGGUCAUCGAUUGGUCAAAAGCUGUCAUUUGGGCGGAUGAGCACCUACCGCUCACUUUGUCUCUUAUGUUGCGUCGCAUACCGGACUAUCGAAUCGUGCAAUUGAGGCAGCAGAUCACCUUCUUGUACUCCACUUAUUUUCAGUCUGUCGAGUCGAUCGUAUUCACCACGUUGGAGAUCAUACGUGAUCGGCUAGCGAUGAGGCGUCGUAGCUACACCAUAUGGAAUUCCCCUCCUGGUGGCUUGGUCCUCUCUCAGAAGUACUCUUUCGAUGAAUGCGAUGUGCCGUUGGCGCACCUUCCGGAGCACUGCCAGCAGCCAUUAUUGAUGGUUGUCUAUCGUAAACCUAUGUCCCCUCCCCUCAUGUACCUCACAGCUCUUGUGACCGCUGGUUUCUCCAUGUUGCUUCCAAUCUCCAAGACAUUGUGUCACAUUUAUCCCGAACGUCUGAGUACGUUUGCAUCUUCGACGUUCACCUCGGAAUCUCUCCGAAAGGUGAUUGUAGUUUGGUUGUGCAACUCCUCUGUCCCGUCGCCAACAUAUUUCACUCAGUAUUUCAACGUGGAGGUGGAAGUGGUUGUAGAGGAUGAAUUCCGCGCUGCGCUUCAUGAAUCUGAGCAGCCAUCUGUUGAAGUUCGCUUCCAACCUUUCGCCGCCGAAAUACCCACACUAGCCGUUUUCUCGUUCGGUUUGAACAUGCGCCUCUCACGAGAACAGCUCGAAUUCGCCUUUGCCACGUGGAAAGAAUUUCCUCAUCGUCUCAUCGGGUUCCGCGUAGGCUCGCAUCAUUGGAAUGUCAGCACUCGAUUAUGGAACUACGAUGGAUUUGACCGCGGUCCUGAACGAUUCUAUUCAAUAGUGUCUUUGGAUGUCGCGUUCUAUCAUAGGCACUAUCACUACCUCUAUUGGCAAAUGUUGGAUCACGAAACUCACAAAGUAGUCAAUACCUUUACCGACUGCGAGGACAUUCUACUGAAUCUUCUAAUCGGUCACCUGACUCACAUGCCCCCAAUCAAACUGUUAUCCCAGAGAGAAACCCAUGCGCUUGAUUGGCCUCACCAUGCCAAAGUGGUCACGGAAGAUUUGGUCCAACGAAGUGCUUGCCUUCAGGCAUUUGCCGAGCAGUUUGCCGUCCUGUUUGGGCCCGCGUCAUCCGACCUUGAAAUCGACCCAUCAGUGGUGCAGACAAACACCGCCGCCCAACGGUUGUAUCUUCCACUGUACAAAUCAAGCUUAUUUUUUCAACCGUCGGACAAUCGACAAAAACGCUCGGUCCCAUGACCAACAACCUCGGUGCCCAAGACCCUUUUUUAUCGAUCGGUUUAAUCAUGACUUUCCAUACGAAAAUUCCUUGUGUUUUUAUCUCCUUCGCUUAUGUGCCAAAUUUUAUUGCAUUUGUUUUAACUGGUUUCAACCUCGGGAUAAUCUUUCAAUUUCCAGACUAAAAAUUUUAUUUUCUGAACUGUGAACGGGAAUGAGGGCAAAACGUUCUUUUACGUCCGAAUGAGAUGUAUGCUUGAUGGAACCCGGUUUGCUUGUCGAGCCUUAAGAUAGGUAAAACCGGUAGUGGACUGUUAUAUCUGCUGAUUCGCCGACCUGUG